UAUGGAAUCUAGUAGGAGAGCCCUACUUUUCUCCCACUCUGUUCUCCCGGUUAGGGUUUUUGGCGAGGCGAUCUAUAGUGGAGGUUUUCUUCGGCCUAAGGAAGCUACUAUAUGGUGGUGAUGAGUUCACACAAGAUUCAGUGGUAGACAUUUUUGUCAUUGUAGGGCGUUUUUCCUUUAUUAACUGUAUAUCCCAUUCUUGUAAAAGAGAUAAACAUGGCUGGAUUGUUACCUGGGGAUCCCUCACAUCACGGAAUGGUCGAAAGUGGGCCUUACAGUUUUUCUCAGGACAAGCCGGAGCAUGCUGGCCGUUGGUAUUUAUCUAGAAGGGAAAUUGAAGAAAAUUCCCCAUCUAGAAAAGAUGGCAUUGACUUGAAGAAAGAGACAUACUUACGCAAGUCAUACUGUACAUUUCUGCAGGAUUUAGGAAUGAGACUUAAAGUACCCCAGGUAACAAUAGCUACAGCGAUAAUAUUUUGUCAUCGCUUUUUCCUACGUCAAUCUCAUGCAAAGAAUGAUAGGAGGACCAUUGCAACAGUGUGUAUGUUCCUUGCGGGUAAGGUUGAAGAGACACCUCGGCCACUGAAGGAUGUUAUUCUUGUUUCUUACGAAAUCAUUCAUAAAAAGGACCCAGCUGCUGUCCAGAGAAUCAAGCAGAAGGAAGUGUAUGAACAACAAAAAGAGCUGAUUUUACUUGGUGAGAGGGUUGUUCUAGCAACACUUGGUUUUGAUCUCAAUGUUCACCACCCGUAUAAACCACUCGUGGAAGCAAUAAAGAAAUUCAAGGUUGCCCAGAAUGCUCUUGCCCAAGUUGCAUGGAAUUUUGUCAAUGAUGGAGCGACAUGCAGGCUGCGGACGUCGCUCUGCCUGCAAUUUAAGCCCCACCACAUUGCGGCAGGUGCCAUAUUCCUUGCUGCCAAAUUCCUAAAAGUGAAGCUCCCAUCGGAUGGUGAGAAGGUCUGGUGGCAAGAAUUUGAUGUCACCCCACGCCAAUUGGAGGAGGUUAGCAAUCAAAUGUUGGAAUUGUAUGAGCAAAACAGAGUACCGCCUUCCCAGGGGAGUGAAAUGGAAGGAAGUGCUCAAGGUGGACCAAGUCACCGGGCCCAAGGGAAAACUCCAUCUACUAAUGACGAACCAGUGUCGGCCAAUGGACAUGUUCAAGCUGGGGGGGCAUCAACAGCAAAGCCUGGAGCUUCAGUGCCAUCGUCACGUGCUACUUCUGACCAAUCAUAUGCUGAAAAUCAAGGUGGAUCUCAGAGGAAUAACCAAAACCGGAGCAAUGACCAUGGGAGCACAGAGACAAGAAGUGUUAUUUUGGACCAAAAGGUGGAUGCUGAAAGUAAAGAGCGUUGGCAUUCUGAACAUGAUCCAUUGCCUUAUAACAGGGAUAUUGGAGAAGCUUCCAACAGGUCAAAAUAUGGAUCAGAUGGACAUGCGGAAGAAGAUCAAGAAAGGAAUGGUGGGAGAAGUGAAUCUGCUGAACCAGGAGAGUUGAAAAAUGAAGGUGCACCAUAUAAAUCCAGUAAUGCCCCUAGUCGAACUUUGGAGUUUAGAGAAGGUCCUGUAGGUCAAUCUCCACAGGAUGUAAUCAAGAAGAUUGACAAGGAUAAGGUGAAGGCGGCAUUAGAAAAGCGUAGGAAGUCUCGUGGUGAUGUGACUCGAAAAAUGGAGUUAAUGGAUGAAGAUGACCUCAUUGAGAGGGAGCUGGAAGAUGGGGUUGAAUUGGCAGUUGAGGAUGAGAAAAACAAGCGCGAGAGAAGGCAGAGCUGGUCCAAACCAUCGAACAGAUCAGAAUUUGAGAACCCGGUUUAUGGGAAGGAUCAUAAUGAUGCUGCAGAUGGAAAAUACCCUGGAAGAGAAGGGCAGUCGUCGUGGGGUCCUGAUGGGGAAAUUGUGGAAGAGGGGGAAGUAUCGUUGUAUGAUGAAGCUGAGCAUGGACGCCGCUCACCCAAAUUGAGCAACCGCAAAAGAAAGGCAGCCAGCCCACCUGAUAAACAGUUGGAAGGAAAGCAUCGGCAUGAUUAUACACCAGGAUAUCACCACAGUCAUAACCAUCAUGAUCUUAUGGAGGAUGGGAACAGGAUGGGACGUCAUGGCUAUGCAGAAAGGGAUCACAAAAGGCAUGCGCAGGAAAAUCACGUCUGAUGGCGUGAUUAUUCCCAUCAUGUCUGCUUGAUAGUGUAGUAAAAUGGAAACAACAUUUAUUGGAUAUAUUUUUAUCAUUCCUAAAAAAUGGGAGGGAUGCUUCAAGUUUCAUUCUGCUACGGCUGUGGAACCUAAUAAUGCUGUUUAUUCUUGUUAUCUUGGGCUUUUUCUGUAUGGAAAAACAGAGGAAAAAGAAAGAAAAAAGAAAGAAAAACCUUGAAGCUUCAACUCAAAAUCAUCAAACUGUGGAGAUCCUAUUCUCUCUCUC